AUGGAUCAAUAUGCCCCUGGAACUAGCCAGCCUUCACCACUAGUAUCUCUAUCACUUGUUCCUGUUAGAGCAAUGACUGAUACUCAGCACUCAUCAGCCCGAGCCUCCCCCUUGCUCGCUUCAGCUCACAGCAUGGAUAGGCCAGACAUUUCUCCUCAGCUACCUGAGAUAGAUAUUUCUGAGAUCCUAGGCUCUUUGAUCCGAGUGGCAAGAUUGCUCUCUCUAGUCGAUGCUACGCCUGGAGAUCUCAUUCGUUCUCUUGGUUCGAAUCUUUAUUCAUCUCAAGAGGAGAUAACUAGGAUCCGGUACCUGCUGAGCCAAGCGAUGCAUUUACUUCGUCAACUCCAAGAUUCCAACAGGGAGGGCAUUUCUAUCCCUAAUUCUCUAUCAUUCCAACCAAACCUUGCUUUUCCAAAGCAUCGUUGGGAACUUAUCCGCUCAGAAGUAUUAGAUGAUGAUAAGAUAUCUGCUGCAGCCACUAUCAAGGGAGUUGCAUGGGAUGUUGCUGACUGUGCUGAUAUGGAUCCCUUCAACUUCGUCAAAUUUUGCAGUCAGUACGAUACCAGAUGGAAAGAUCUGCAGCAAAGCGAUCACCAGGAUGAUCUUGAUCUCAUUGAUAUCUGCGAGAUAUGCUGUUGA